UUGACAGAUUUAUAUUUAUACAGUUUUUGUGAAAAACUACUUCCAUCAACUUUACCAAAUACAAUUACUACACUCACAUUUGGAGAUUAUUUUAACCAAGUAAUUCUACCUGGAACAUUACCAAAUAGUCUCACAACACUCACAUUCGGUUUUCAAUUUAACCAAGUAGUUCUACCCGGCUCAUUACCAAAUAGCCUCACAACACUCACAUUCGGUGAUGGUUUUAACCAAGCUUUUCUACCUGGAACAUUACCAAAUAUUCUACCCAGCGCAUUACCAAAUAGUCUCACAACACUCACAUUCGGUCGUUGUUUUAACCAAGUAAUUCUACCCGGAACAUUACCAAAUAGUCUCACAAAACUCACAUUCGGUAAUGAUUUUAACCGAGUAGUUCUACCCGACACAUUACCAAAUAGUCUCACAACACUCACAUUCGGUUAUAAUUUUAACCUAGUAGUUCUACCCGGCACAUUACCAAAUAGUCUCACAACAAUCACAUUUGGAGAUUAUUUUAACCAAUUAAUUAUACCCGACACAUUACCAAAUAGUCUCACAACACUCAAAUUCGGUAAUGAUUUUGAUCAACUAAUUCUACCCGACACAUUACCAAAUAGUCUCACAACACUCACAUUCGGUCGUUGUUUUAACCAAGUAAUUCUACCCGACACAUUACCAAAUAGUCUCACAACACUCACAUUCGGUUAUGAUUUCAACCAAGUAAUUCCACCCGACACAUUACCAAUUAGUCUCACAAUACUCACAUUCGGUUUUCAAUUUAACCAAGUACUUAUACCCGGCUCAUUACCAAUUAGUCUCACAACACUCACAUUUGGAGAUUAUUUUAACCAAUUAAUUCUACCCGACACAUUACCAAAUAGUCUCACAACACUCACAUUU